GAACAACUUUAAAAAAUCUGGUUUUGCAGGUUUCGUUACAGUUCCGACUCUAUUAGUGGAAUGAUGAAUGGUAAUACAUGUGUUACAAUAACAACUAUACUAAAACAUAUUAGUUUUGAAAGCCUGUGCAGUAAAAGAGCAAUAAGAUGGACAAAAUGCUUAAGGGUAGUAGUUCCAAAAAUACGCUUUUGCUUAUGCUCGGAACAAACAGAGCAGGAGAAGAUGGAAAAUGAUCCAUCCCUAGUAAAGAUUAGAAUUGCCGAGUACGACACAUUAAAUGAGCUGAUGGCGGAUUCGUCAAGCUCAAAUGAGCUCCGCAAUGCUUCACAUAAUCGCCGGAUUGAUAUUGGACAGAAAAAUGAGCAUGCAUGUCAUGAAAAAGGGUUAUGUUGUGUUGGAAAGAAACAGCGAUAUAUGAACUGGCUCUUUUUGCUAUAAAAAUAAUAAUUAUCGGGUCAAAACUUUUCUGUUCCCUCGAAAUUGAAUGAUUCAACACCUGUUGCAUAUACGUAUUGCUUAUUUUUGGGUCCAAAAAAAAUACAACCUUCGAGACAUCUGUCUUCCGUAAAUACGGUAUUACUACAGCCCAAAAAAAGGCUUUGAGUAGGCACAAAGUUAAAACUGCGGAAAAGAAGAUGGAAGGUCAGGCCAUAAACCUUUUGGCCUAGCUAAAGUUUGAACAAUUAAGACUUUUAAAAAAUCAGACUGGACUUGGUAAAGCCAAAAGGAAAGGAAGAGAG